UAGGAGAAGAGUCUAUGAAACCCCCUCCCCACCACCUUCUUUCAGCCACCCGCAGUUGUUGGGGGAGGUGGGAGGAAUAGAAGGGGGCACAAAAGUAGGGAUGGGGAAUCCCAGCAACUCCCUGACAACCCUGCCUGUUCCUCCAUGCAGGAUGGUUCCCCCACCACCCGUCAGCAAGCCCCACGUGUGCCUCUCCACUGUGCUCAUCAUGACUAGCCUCGUCCUCAUGGACGCCUACCUGGUGGAGCAGAGCCAGGGCUCCAGGAAGCUGGGCGUCUGUGUCAUGGUGGCAAUGGGUGACUUGUGCUUCCUGCUGGUGCUCCGCUACGUGGCCAUCUGGGUCGGGGCGGAGGUAAAGACAGCUAAGCGGGGCUACGCCAUGAUCCUCUGGUUCCUGUAUGUCUUCGUUCUGGAGAUCAAAGUCUACUUUGUGUACCAGAACUAUAAAGCUGACCGGAAAAGCCUGGAUCUCAUAGCCCGCAAAGCGCUGACCUUGCUGCUCUCCAUCUGCAUCCCAGCCCUCUACGUCUUGUUGGUGGCCACGGAGCACAUGGAGUAUGUCAGGACAUUCAAGAAGAAAGAAGAUCUCCGAAACCGCCUCUUCUGGGUCAUUGUGGACAUGCUGGACGUGCUGGACAUCCAGGCUAACCUGUGGGAGCCCCAAAAGAAGGGGCUGCCCCUCUGGGCUGAGGGCAUCAUGUUCUUCUACUGCUACAUCUUGCUCCUGGUCCUCCCUUGCGUGUCCCUCUGUGAGAUCAGCAUGCAAGGGAUCGGCAUCAUGCCGCACCGGAUGAUGCUGUACCCCAUGCUGAGCAUGCUCACUGUCAACAUCACCACCAUCUUCAUCCGAGGCAGCAACAUGAUCUUCUUCAGGGACGCCCGGGUCUCCAGCAUCUUCAUGGGCAAGAACAUGCUGGCCAUUGGGCUGAAGGUCUGUACCUUUGUGCAGUACCAACGGCACCGGCACCACACUCCCCCGGGGCCGGAUCCGGCCCUACCUCACAGCUCCCAGGCCCAGCCCUCCCCAGGGCUCCACAAAUCCCGGGAUCAGCCUGCCUGCCCUGAGGAGCUGGCCCAGGACAACACGUGACAAGCCAGCAGGAGCCACAGCCUGGGCACCACCACGCCUGGCCGUACCUGCAAACCCGAGGUGGGCUGCUGAGCUCUCCUCCUGGACAGAGGGCAACCACCCUGCUCCCUCCCCUCCCUGGGCAAAGCUGCUCUGGUCCCCAAGGGCCAUGGCGUGGCGGGGGUCCCCCAUCGCAGCCUCCGUAAGGUCACAGAGCAGUUUGGGACCUCGGCACCCCACCGAGCGAGACGGGCAGCGGAGUGGAGGAAGAGGAGGAGGCCACGCCACAUGCCACGUCUGGCUGGGGCCAGGCGGGCUCCCCCCACGCAGCACUGCCCUCUGGCCAGCCAGGGCUCAGGCCAUGGUGGCUGCGUGGGGACACCGGGGGGGGUCACCUGCCCUACAUUUGGGGUGGGGUCUGGCUCUCACUCGGUGCUUGGCAGCAGCCUGCUCCUCACUGCCUGAGCUGGGGGAGCAAGGGCCGGACCUCCCCCUGCCUGUCACCCCUCAGCCAGCUGCAAGCCCGGGGUGGGGACAACAAGAGGGGGUGACUGUCCUUUUUUCGUAUCUCCCUCUUUGCAAUAAAAGAC